CCCCCCUCCUCCUCAUUCUCCCCGGGGUGGCAUGUUCCUCCCUUCGAGACCUCCCCGGCCGAGGGAUAGGUUCCUGCUCUCCGCGCGCUCCCCCCUCCUCACCGAGGACGGGGCGCUGCCCAACUUCCCCAAAGUCGGGUAUACAUGGGCUCAAACUGCGCUUGGCGCUCUCCCCAUGGGGCGGUGUCCCUCUCCAUGUCCCGCUUGUAAAAACCCUCCACAAGCAAGAGACACCCAUUGGCCGGGACACCUCCCUCCCUGACGAGGGCGGAGACGCUCGCCUCGCGCGCAUUCCCCUCCUCUCAAGUUCCCCCUCCCCCUUCCCGCCUCUUUGCCUGGAAAGCCAGCUAUCCUCCCGUGCUGCUGUUGCCUCCUCUAACACCCCUCCCCCCCCUUUGCUUCACUAUGACCCACAUCCCCUUCACCAUUCCCUCAUCAUCCUCUGCCUCCCUGCCUUCCUCUCUCUCUCUCUUCCAGUUUCCCCCCAGUCUCCCCCCCAUCAACGCAAUCAUGGCUGAUAUCAGGCGAAAGCUGGUCAUCGUUGGCGAUGGUGCCUGCGGUAAGACUUGUCUUCUGAUCAUGUUCUCCAAGAAGCAGUUCCCCGAGAUUUACGUGCCCACCGUCUUCGAGAACUACGUUGCCGACGUCACUGUUGACGGCAAGCGCGUUGAGCUCGCCCUCUGGGAUACCGCCGGCCAGGAGGACUACGAUCGUCUGCGUCCCCUUUCCUACCCCGACUCCCAUGUCAUCCUCGUCUGCUUCGCCAUCAACAACCCCGACUCGCUCGAGAACGUCCAGGAGAAGUGGAUUUCCGAGAUCCAGCACUUCUGCAAUGGUCUCCCCGUCAUCCUGGUCGGUCUGAAGAAGGAUCUCCGUGACGACCCGGACACCAUCACCGAGCUGGCCCGCAACAAGCAGGCCCCCAUCACCACCGAGCAGGGCCGCGCUGUUGCCAGCACCCUGAACCAGGUCAGCGAGUACCUUGAGUGCAGUGCCAAGACCGGGGAGGGUGUCAACGAGGUCUUCGAGUCGGCCACCCGCGCCGCCCUCCAGACCCGCACCCGCAGGCGCACCAACCGCUGCCUGCUCUUCUAGGCAGAUAGAGUGAGCCAUAUGCGCGCCUCUCUUCCUCUCUCCCCUCCUCCUCCUCCUCCUCCUUUCUCCCCUCCUUCCUCUCGCGUGGCGUCUCCCCCUUCCCGUGUGUGCGUGUGUGCCUGAGUGUCUACUCUGGUUGCCACUUCGCCACCCUCCCCCCUCCUCUCGCAUGUCUCCCUCCCCCCUUCUCCAAGAGAGACAGCUGGGACCAUGGGCGGGGCUGUGAGGGGCGGGGGGAGCGGGGGAGCGGGGCCUCAUCAAGGCGGCCGCGCUGAGGGGGAGGGGGAGUAAAGACACCGGCGAAGGGGGAGGGGGCGCGGCCGGCCGCGCGUCGUGCGCUGUGUGUUGUGCAUAUAUGCAGCACGACGCACGCCUCUUCAUCCACCAGACAGCUCACACACACACAUACGCGGCGCGUGUGGCUUUGAGUCUUCCGCCGCCUUGGCGCGUCUUGCUCCGCCAUCCCCUCCUCUCCCCCUCCUCCCUCUCCGUCGCUCAGUUCCCUCUCCCCCCCCCUCUCUCUCUCUCUCCUUUCAUCUACUUCACACCAUGCAUGCUUCACGCUCUUCACCCCAUGUGUUUGUGUGUGUAUGUGUUCUCGCAUGCGUGCGUGUGUCUGUAUGUCUGUGUGCCUAUGUGCAUGUGUGCGUGUGUGCGCGCGCGUGUGUGUAU